AUGUCGAGCGCCGUUCGUGGCACCUCUCUGAGGGCCGGGGGCGCCUGUGUCCGAUGCAGAAAGGGCAAGACAAAAUGCGUCUAUGAGAAUAAUCGCGCUCCUUGCAAGAACUGCGCAAAGGGAAUGCACGAAUGCUAUCUCCCUUCCGAGAGUUUGGCGCAUCAUCACGGACAGUCGCCUGCCAGAGUUCCGCGACCACGCGAGAGUCUCCCCGGCGAGCGUAGCGUGUCAACCACCAACCACGAUCGCCCGUCUGCCACCAGCCAGCCUCUGGCCUCGCGCACUGUCACCUCCAACAACGACAAGCUUACUCCGGAGUUGGUGCAUGAGUGCGAGAGAAUCAUCAACAAGACCCUCCCAGCAUGUGUCGCAUUCCACAAGCCUGGCUUUCUUCAAAAGCUCAAGAACGGUUCACUAGAGACCAGCAUUGUUAAUGGUCUUUUGACCCUCGGAGCUCGAAGCUCCGCACACCUAACCCGUAGAUAUGGCGGUCAGCAUGGCUCCCAGGGCGCCGCAGAGCAUUUCGCGGUCAAGACCAUCAGUGCUGUUAUGAACAAUCUUGACAACCCGUCCGUCGCCGAUAUCCAGGCAAUGUGCCUGCUUGUCAUCCACGAGUGGGGAAGCCGAAAUGCCAUCCGUGCAUAUGUCUACCUCGGCCAGGCUGCCCGUAUGGCUCAGAUGCACCGCAUCGUCUCAAACCACUACGGCUCCAAGCCAGAGGCAGAGCAAUUCAUCAAGGAUGAAUCCUUCCGAAGGACUCUCUGGCUCAUCUACAUCCUCGAUUGUUUCUUGACCAGCAGCCCUGGCCGUUCUCCUGCUCUCACGGCACACGAUGUCAAAGACAUCGCUUUGCCGUGCCCGGACAUGAGUUUCAGCUUCGGCUCUCCGGUCUACGUACGCACCUUGAGCGGCCGAGCACCCGCUGAUCUCCCCGACCCCUCAACCCCCUUGUCUGAGGUCGGCGAAUUUGGUCACAUUGUCAUGGCCACCCAGGCUUGGCGAAAUGUUAUCGAGAUGCUCACGACUGUUGAUAUUGAGACAUUUUCUGAGCAGCAGUGUUUGACCUUGGACAGCGAAAUCGAUACUAUACGCCAGGGUCUACCUAUGCACUUUAUGGACAAGGCCGGCCACAUCAAUCUUCACAUCACCAUGGGCAGCGGUUUCACCUAUGCUAUGCUGCACUGCCUCCUGCACUGCGCUACCAUCAUGGUCAACCGACGUCGCCUCCUUCAAUACAUCAGAACCGAAGGCUUCAGCGAGGAGCAGUGGCGCCACGCCUCGAGCACCCAUGUACAGGCUGUCGACAAGGCAUUUGCCUCUUCACACAGCAUCGUCUCUCUUCUACUUGCUCUGGAUGCUGACAGCUCCAAGGAUGGUGCAAUUGUCUUCCCCCUGGUCAUGCUAUUUGCAUGCUUUGAGGCUGGAGCUACUGUGGCCUGGUUUAGCCUCAAGGGUUUGACGCCGUCCAACGUCAAUGAGACAUCGCUAGUAAUGGUCCGCGAUGCUAUGCGAUUCCUCCAGGAGGGCACGGAUGCCUGGACACUCUCUAUUCCCUGGUAUCGUCACCUUUCCGUCAUGGCCAAGGUCUUGCGCAACGGUGGCAACUAUCAAUCGCAAUCGUCCAAGCCCGAACCCAGCCCGCCUGCCAAGGACGAUGUCGCCAGCCAGCCCGACAGCAACCCAGAUGCAAUGGACUAUGAGCGACCCACCUCAACGAGCAACCAAAACCAGCCUCAAGACAGAGCGAGCGAGCCACCCCGAACGUCUGGAUUUGCCGCUAUCAACGGAGGUUCGGUUGGAGCCAACACUCCUGCGACUGCCAGUCCACCGCCGGCCCCUCAGCCUACCAAGGUCGAGUCGCCCCGUGCGCCUUCUUCGAAUGGAGAGGCUCCCACGGAACAGGCUGGCUCACAGGACCGCGCCGCUAACAACGACAUGACGGCUGCUGAGCUGUGUGCUGCUUUUGAGAAUCAACUUCUUGAGCUUGAUGAUCUGGCAGCCUUUAUGGGAGGCGGCGUAUGA